CACAAGCCCAUGCGCGUGCCUUGCUCUUAAUCGACAAUUCCUUGGACUCCAGCCUGCUGCUGUCCUCCGUUCUCAACAUUUUGCCUUAACUUUUUUUGUUCAUUGCGCAGCAUUUACCACCCAUGACGGCGACGGCCUGACAGCAGCAUUUAUUGUUGUUUUUGUGUGUUUUUUUUGGCCAUUUCAUUCUCCACAGCAGCCCCGAGACUUUGUGAUCGAUAAUCCAUUUGAUUUACCCCCCCAUCGCCAUGGUGCAGCCAGGCAUUGGCGGUCUGGACACGCCACGGACCAACAUUGGAGACGCGACAUUCCUUGGACGCCAGCCAGACUUUGACCUUUCCCAAGAACUGUCAGAUUUCCAGUCACCAUCCAAAGACGCGAAUUUAUUACAACAGCUCCGUAAUGGCGGCCGACCGACCCUCAAGACCCCGCGCGGUGGUCGAGGUCCUCUGAGGGAUCGACAAAACCUCCCCGGCUUUGGAGGCAACGAGUUCACCCCCCUCCUCAAGUCUGCGACCCGAAACAGUGCCAGAAGAUAUGGCGCUGGCAAGGAAAAUGGGCUGGGCCGGGCCUCGACUCUCAACUUUCUCAACAGAAUCGACGAAGAUAUGACGCCUCUGCACGCCGGCGAGACUAGCAUUUACCUUGGCUCUCGGAACACGUCGUCGAUCGAACACACGCCUCUCCCCGAAGUGGACAGUAGUAGUGUUGCAUCCACUCCGCUGGUCAUGAGGCGGCGCGACAACAGUGGCAAGGGCCCACUCGAAGACGGCAACCAGCUCUCGUUGCGUGAGCAAGAAAACGUGAUCGACAGAAUAGAAAAGGAGAACUUUGGCCUCAAGCUCAAGAUUCACUUUUUGGAGGAGGCGUUGCGCAAGGCCGGGCCGGGAUUCAGCGAAGCCGCUCUCAAGGAGAACACGGAGCUCAAAGUCGACAAGGUCACCAUGCAACGAGAGCUCCAACGGUACAAGAAACAUCUUACUUCAGCCGAGAAGGACCUCGAGACAUACCGACAACAGAUUGUCGAGGUACAAGAAAAAGCAAAAAAGAAGUACGCCAUUGAGGAUCAAGGUGCCGAGCUGGAGCGACUUAGGCAGGCGCUGGAAGACAAGGAGACCGAGGUGGGUAAACUUCAGAGGCGGAUAGAGGAAGAACAAAAGGAGCAGGACAAGCUAGGGAAUUUGCAGGACGAAAUCACCGACCUUGAACAUGACCUUCGAAGAAAAGACGACGUCAUUACACAGCAGGAGGACGAGAUUGAGGAUUUGAAAGACAAGGUGACCGAGUUUGAGGAGAAGCUUAAGGAGGCACAACGGCGUAUGCUGGAGAUGGAGGAAAAGGCAAAAGACUCGGACCGUCUUCACGAGGCCAAGGACACCAUCGAGGAUCUAGAACACAACGUACGGCGGCUGGAACAGCAAGUCGAUGAUAUGAAGGACAAACUUCAGGACGCAGUGGCCGAAAAAGAACGAGCCGAGAAUGACCUGGAGGAGCUGCAAGAAGAAAUGGCAGACAAGUCUGUAGUAACCAAGGGUCUCUCUCGUCAAGUGGAAGAAAAGGUGUCGCGCCUGCAGGCUGAAGUCGACAAAGCUCGACAGGAGUGCGCCGUCGUGGCGGAGGAACGUGAGGUUCAGCAAAGGGAGAUGGAGACCCUGCGGGCAAAGCUCAAGGAGGCUCGUGAGGAGCGCGAUUCUGCUGAACGUCUUCGUCUAGCCAUCGAGGGCCAGUUGAACGAGGAGCAGGGCUCACAACGAAAAGAGUUUGAUGAACUCCGGAUGCAGCUCAAAUCGGCACGACAGGAGCGAGACGAUGCCGAGCGAAUCCGCCUAUCUCUUGAGGCGAAGCUGGACCAGGCACAGGCCGACCUCAACAUGCGCGCCGACGAAAAGAAUCUCCUUCAGACCCGUCAUGAUGCCCUGACCAAUGAAUCUGUUUCUCUCCUAGGGGAAGUCCAAAGUCUCCAAAAAGCGGUGGAGGAGCUCGAGGAAAGUUUGGAACGGGAACAGCAGCAUGCUCUUAACAUGGAGCGCGAUAUCCAGAGCCAGUAUAAGGACGAAAUCGACCGCUUGAACGAUGAGAUCUCCGACCUCCAGGCCGAAUGCCGCGAAAAGGAUAACCUGUACGACAAUGACAGCGAAAAAUGGGAAACGGAGCGUCAUCAACUCCAGGCAGAAAAACAGCGGGCCGAGGAGCGGGCUGCUGGUCUCCAGAAGACCAUCGACAAGCUACGGGACACCGAGGGUGCUUUGUCGAGCAAAGAGUCAAAGCUUCAAGAAGCUCUACAAAGCGAGACAGAACGCCACAAGAAAGAUGAGCUGCUUUUGAAGGUGCAGAUUGAACAGCUCCGUUCAGAUCUCAAUGCCAGACAGUCCAUGCUGGAGGAGCUUCGCCACGAACUAUCUGCUGUCAAGGAUGAGCUCCGGCAAUCUCAGUUGGAUUGCCAAGCACAGCAGGAAAAGAUAGAAGCACUCGAGGAUGAGGUUGAAGUUUUGCAGGCCACCAUCGAUGAAGAGUCGGAGAGGGCACGCGUCGAACUGGAACAACACCAAGAUGAAUGUGAUCAACUAAGGCACGAGAUCAACUUGCUCCAGAUAAAGGCCGAUUCCGCUCAGGCAUCUUCCGCUGCGACCCGAGAGUCUACAAAGCAGACAAAUGACAAUGUGGCACGCCUCAAGUUCCAGCUUGCCGAUGCUACGGAGAAGGUAUCCCAGCUCACAAAGGAGCGGAGGACCCUUCAGGAGUGUUCUACAACUCUGGACGCCGAGCUCCGAUCUGUCCGGGCGGCUCUUGAGGAGAUGAGAGCGGAGCGUGAUGAAUUGGAGGCCCAAAUCAACGGUCUCAAAGGGCAACAUGGUGCAGACACUUUCAAGAUCGACCAAGAGAGACUGGACCUCCGUGUCACCAGGACAAAGUUGGAAGCCGAAUUACGCCGCUUGAAAGAGGAAAACAAGGUCUUGGCAGAGCGGAAGCAAGAGGUGGAAAGAUCUUUGGAAAGUGAGAUUGAGAAGGCUGCAGCUGAGGAGGAUCGCCUUGGAGAUGAGAUCCGCCAACUGCAGGCCAAGCUACGUCAGUCUACAGACAGCCAGGAGCUUGCUAGCCUUCGCCGAACCAUCCGUGAGAUGGAGCGCCGUGUACAAGACUACGAAACCCAGCUUGCCGCUCCACAGUUGCCAGCUCAGGGACUUGAUGGCAACAGUGAACUCUCGUUCCUCCAAAAAGAGCUCUCGGCAGCAAGGAAGAAGGAAAUUGAGCAGCUCAAGUCGGAGGCCUCGCAAAAGGACACCAUCAAGUCACUCAAGCGGCAAAUAUCCGAACUAGAACGGAAGGCUCAUGAAGCAGAGAUCAAAAGGUUUGCCUCUUCGCCAUCUUCACAGGGCGGUUCCGCCCAGAAGAGUGAGAUAUCAGAACUCCGUCACCAACUCUCCACGGCCGCUCAGUCAGUACACGAUCUCAAGAAAGCUCUGCGAGAAGCCGAACGCAAGGCCGAGGCCUCUGCUCGUGAGCUAGAGACCCAGCUUGAAGAGAUCGAAGACGAGAAACUUCUCCUUGAGCAAGCGCUUGAUGACGCCCAACUCGCCGCGGAAGAGUCGGCUGCUGCCCAUGAAGAAGCCCUCAAGAAGCACAAGGCCAAGAUGGAGAGAUACAAGAGUGAACGUGAUCAACUGGCCGCUGCCAUUCGUGAGCAGCAGCACUUGAACGGCAAUGACACCAACCACAGCGAAAUGUCUCUUGAGGAGCGCCGUGACUUGCACAAGAUGCUCCGCGAGUCUCAGCUCACUGCCGACAAGCUUGAUCGCGAAUUGCGCGAGCACCGUGAGGCGUUGGAUGAGCUUAUGGAUGUUGAGAUCUCACUGCGGAAGAAGCUACAACGGGCAAGGAAUGAGAGGGCGGCCUACAGAACCAGCGCCGAGAAGCUCCAGAAGGAUUUCAAGAAGCUUCAGGCGGAAAAGGACAAGGCUGUGGCGGAAGCAAUGGCGGCUACCGAGGAGCGUGCUCUGGUUCGCGUUACUAAGGGUAGUGUGGACACUGACGCAAUCAUCAGAGCCGCCGAAGCUGCGGAGAGGAGGCAUGAGAAGGAAAUCAGGGGCAUGGUCAUGCAGAUGGAGUGGCUCAAAGCCUGCUGGGACCGGGAGGCCAAGCUGAGGAAGGAUGCGGCGUUUGCAAAGAAGUAUCUGCUCCUGGAGGUGCAGAUCAGGGAUGCUUGCAACAAGGCUGACUUGGCGAUCAUCAACCGGAUACGGGCUGAGCUUAACCCUUCGAAUCGUAAUGCUCUUUCCCAGCUGAGCUCUGUUAGACGGUCGUCAGGCCAAUCACACCUGCCAAACGGUGACAGCAAUGCCAUGGUUCUUUACAAGCAACCAAAACCACCAGCAACAAGGCUGAAACGGGCUCUCACCGCUGUCAGAUUCAUAGUGCGGAUGCAGAUGGGUGCCAAGGAUUGGCAGAAGCAUGAGAAGGUCCGACAGAGGCUGGCAGACUGUGUCGAGGAGAUGCAGAGAGAAGAGAGGAUAAGGAAGAUGAGGGAUCAAUGGAGGAAGCAGGUCAAGAAGACUACGAGUAGCCCGGCUGGUAAGGCUGUGCUGGGGUAG